GCGAGUCGUGAUAAAGAAACAGGUCCGGGCUGCCGCGACUGUCACAGGUCCGGGCUGCAGCGACUGUCAUAGGGUCAGGUUGUAACAGUUGGCUAGAAUACCUAACUGCAUCUUUUGGCGGUCCAAUGGAACCCGACACGAUGAAGCCACAACCGACCACGGGCGAAGCAGGAGAGGAGUACAGGGCAUCGCUCGAUCGAGCACUGAGGGAUCUGAAGGAAAGAAUUAGGCAAGAAGCACCGCUGAGAUGGGCUGACCAAACCAAUGACGGAGGGUUCGACAUGAGAGGCGAACCAGUUGCGACAGAGCCGCAGGAGGCUCUAAAAACGGGUACCUCGAGCGAACAACGAGAAGCGAUGAGGCGACGCUCCCCCGAGUACGAGCGGAGGGACACCAUAGCGGACAGAGGAAGUAGAUAUGAGAGAGGAGAUCGGUGGGAACGACAAGAUGGGUCGCGCGGACGGUUUGAGCGCGGGGGAGAGGCGAGAGAGCAGCGCGACGAGUCGCGGGGAUGGAACAACCGAGGGGACCGACGCGAUGAGUCACGAGGACGAUAUGGCUCGGGGGACCGCCAGAAUGAUUCACGAGGCUGGUAUGAGCAAGGAGAGUCUGGAGGAGACCGUCGCAACGAUUCGCACGAACGGAAUGAGAGAGGGGGAUAUGGCGUCUCAUCAGAACCAUAUCCUAAGUCGCCUGACCCCAAGGCGGCCAAGAGUUCGAUCUCUAGAGGCGCAGACGACAGACCAUCUAUUCCGAGGAACUCAUGCGUCUACCGCAGAGGAGAAGAUCAUAUCAAAAGGGAUUGCCGGGGCCUCAAACGGGCAAUAGAUGAGGGACUUGUCGUGCUUGACGACCGCAAGUACGUCAAGUGGGCAGAUGAUCUAGGAGAUGUAUCGAUGUUCCCUUCGAUGAAGGAGAAUGUUAAAGCAAGGAGAAUAAAGACGAGUAAAGGAAUGGAGUCGGUCAGGAGCCAGAGCAUCAAGAUAACCUUUGAGGGGGAUAUCGCGACCACACCCAUAAGGGUGGCAGCCACCAAGUCGGCAAGAGGGUCUACAUCGAAGAAGACUGACACGGAUUACGAGAUGGCGGAGAAGGACGGGCAGCGGGUCGAUGGAGAGGAGGUUAUCCUUUCGCCGCGAAAGCGGGGAGUGAAGAAGUUCUUAAUGAAGAGUUCGCUGGACGAGAUUGACACGAUGAUCACGCGGAAGACUCACAUACCUCUAUCAGAGGAGGGUCAGGGGGCCCCUAAAGCGGAAGCUUCUACAGUAGCAGUAACGGAGGGGACUGCCAGAGCGGAUCGCAUAGCGACAGUCCUUCUCGAUGGGAUGGAAGGUGUGCCUCCAGACAAGUUUUAUAUACUUGGUAGCGAGGUCGUGGAGACGAUUAUAAACGAUGGAGCGAUACUCGAUGCUGUGAUUGAUAACGGCAGUGAGGCUGUCAUCAUAGACGAGGACCUGGCAGUACAAGUUGGACARGGCCUCGAUAGGUCAUACCUAUUCGAGAUAGAGACGGCUGAUGGGAGAAAGCAACAGAUCAUUAGGGUUUGUCACAAGGCAGCCAUAGAGGUCCAAGGGAAGGAGAAGGAAGAAGUUAUCGCUUUCCUGAAAGAAAAGAUGGUUUCCCACGUUGCGGAGCCGUCUGAUAGCGCUUACGCUAAUCGAUGGUUCUUCCUACGAAAGCCGAAUGGCAAAAUCCGAUGGAUCCAGGACCUUCAGAAGGUCAACGCGGUGACGAUACGAGACGUGGGCUCCGUGCCACACGCCGAUUUACUGGCAGAAGGCGCAGCAGGUAGGUCGAUCUAUUCGGUCUGUGAUCUGCUCUCAGGCUAUGAUGAGGUACCGCUUGACCCUAGGGACAGGCACCUCACAGCUAUGCAUACGCCAUUGGGACUAAUUCAAAUGAUGGUUGUCCCUAUGGGAUGGACUAAUGGAGUAGCCGUUUUUCAGAGAGCCAUGGUARCCGUCCUCAAGGACUUCAUCCCUGAUAAGGUUGAAGUUUUUCURGAUGACUUUCCUAUAAAAGGGCCAGUAGACAGGGAUGAGAUAGAGGUUGUACCUGGAGUUAGAAGAUUCGUCGAGCAGCACCGAACGGAUAUUUGCGCGGUACUCGAGCAGCUGGACGAUGCAAAUUUAACAGUCAGCGGAACCAAGAGCCGAUGGACCGUCUCGACCAUAAAGAUCUUGGGCUUUAUCUGUGACUCGAAGGGACGCCGAGCAAAUCCGGCGAAGUUAGACAAACUUCUGAACUGGUCGUCACCGUUGCAUAGCCCUACCGAGGUCCGACAGUUUCUAGGAGUGGUCGGUUACUGGCGUAUAUUCAUACGGGGGUAUGCAGAGAAGGCUGAGCCAUUGAGGUUACUCCUUCGAAAGACUGAAAACUUCUAUUCGAAUUCUUCACAGAAACUUGUUAUGCAAAACUUUAAAGACGAAUUUAAGGAAGGAGGACGCGUGUUGGGUGUGCCAUUCUUUGACGAUGAGACCGAGAGACCCUUCAUAGUAUCCACGGAUGCUGGACCAUGUUCAGUAGGUGGUUUGCUGUCUCAGAAGGACGAUCGAGGGAAGGAAAAACAGUUAAGAUUUGAGAGUAGGACACUUAAUACGGCUGAGCGUAACUACAGUCAAUUCAAGAAGGAAGUGUUAGCUGUUCUCCGGUGUCUAGACACGUUCAGACACUAUAUCUAUGGRCGACGGUUCAUCUKGAGAGUAGAYCCCACCGCGGUUGCCUCUGUCCUCCAGAAGGACUUUAGUCUGACGGACCCGACCAUCGCCCGAUGGUUAAUACGGAUUCGGCUAUACGAUUACACGGGUGAGAGAGUAUCGGGUACUAAAAAUGCCGUGGCAAAUGGACUUUCACGCAUCCCUCUCGAGCGUCCGAUAGUAGCUGGGGCUCUGUCAAUGGCAGAGCCGAGGCGCGCCGAGAGAUUUCUAGUUAAUCCUUACGAGGGCAAGUACCGAAUUAUCGGACUAUACCUGACGGGAGAGGAGAGUCAAGAUUCAGAUAUCCGGAGGCAAGUAGCCUAGUACUGCCUUAGAGCAGGCCACCUUUUCCGAAGGCCAGUAGGGUCGGGAAUGCCCUUACGAG